AUGCAGACACACAACAGCGAGAGACAGGCGAGGAGGAGAGGGAGGGACACACACACACGCAUGCACGCACGCUCAAAUAGAGAAGAAGCAAGGGUCAGGCCAGGAGGAAGACGGGGAGCAUACCGUCAGAGGAGCGAGCAGCUAUCAACGCGCUGCCACUGGAUAAAGAGCAAGGGGAGGGAAAAAGAAAAAGCCACACACACGCCAGCACGCAACAGCAUCACGAUCUCUCUCGGAAUCACUGACACACACACACACUCUCUCUCUCUCUCUCUGUGUCUCUCUCUCAGUCUUCGACUUUUCCUCUUGGACGUAUUGUUGUUGCACACACUCUCGCAUACACACACGCUUUAUCCUUCUCUCUCAAACUCUCUUUCUCUCUCUCUCUCAAAUUCUCUUUCUCUCUCUCUCUCUUUCUCUCUUUCUCUCUCUCUCUCUUUCUCUCUCUCUCUCUUUCUCUCUCUCUUUCUCUCUCUCUCUCAUGCUUCGUUGUUGUUUAUGCUGCUCUUUCUCUCUCAAACUCUCUCUCAAACUCUCUCUCUCUGCGUCUGGAGAGCUGUCACAUCGUUCGCGAUGAGCAAAUGA